AUGGAUGUGAAGGCAAGACAAUCAACAGUUUCUACUACAGGAGAAGGAUCGAAAGCUCGUGAGCACAUACCUAACUGGGCCUUUAUUGUUAUCAUCGUAUCCAUCUUGCUGUCCGCUGUCGCCUUCUUUAUUGGCAUCUGUAUCAACAAAAAAACAUCCUGGAGACCAUUCAAUAAUGGGAAGCCAAAAACAACAGGAAAACGAAGACUGUGGGGUGCUGGAUUCUCUGGUGGUAUAUGGGGUGCGUCCUGA